AUGGCGGAGGCGUAUCCUUUCAGUGAUGACGAAGAGGGGGAUGCUUUGUUGGACCGCGCUUAUGACCGUUGGGAACAGUUGGGAGGGGCUGCCGCCCGUGGCCCUCUCUUUCAAUUCAGUAUGCAACCGAUCGGUCGACGACGCCGCUGGCGUAAUGUGGUGGAGCGGGCGCAAUUCAAUGCGCAAUUACGGCAAUUGCGGGAUCCUGUCCCUGGGGACAAUAUUGGUAUGGCUUUGACCGAAGCACUCCAUCAAGCCAUUGAAACAGAACUGGGCCGCGAGCAGCGACCUGCCCAUCAUUUUGUGAAUUUUGCCAUCACGGCGCAUGAGUUCACCCAUGCUUAUCAAACAGCCAAUUUUACCGUGGGGGAAUUUUUACAACGCACGGCUCGUUUGGAUGAGAUGUUAGCCACCUUGGCUGGCAAGUUGAAUAGCAAUGAAGCCUUCAACCCCGAUCGCGGUUUCCAAGUGGAUGUGGUGUUUGUCUCUAUGCCUGGUCCAGGGUCCGGUCGACAUAAACAACGCAAUGUGGGACGUCUAUGCCUGGAUCGAGACAACAAGAAAAAACAAUGCAUUAUCCCCAUCCGAAACAGAGAUGCCCUAUGUUGUGCUCGCGCUAUCGUCACCAUGCGAGCCCAUUGCCAUAAAGACCAAGGCAUGGACGGGUUUCGCGACUGGGACAAUCUCAAACGUGGUCGUCCUGUGCAGUUACGCCAAGCCCAUGCCCUCCAUCAGCAAGCGGGGGUGGCUGAGGGUCCCUGUGGUUUACCCGAGCUGCGUCAAUUUCAGCAGGCGUUGGGGUCUCAGUAUCAACUCUUGGUGAUGACCCGGAUGAAACCGUUUUUUCUCAUCUUCAAAGGCCCUGAUGCCCCCCAUCAGAUUCGUUUAUUGAAAUCCAAUGAUCAUUUUGAUGGCUGCACGUCUUUUCCUGUGUUUGUCAAUCGCUCCUAUUAUUGCCUGGACUGUGAACGAGGGUUCAACACCAACGAUCGGACCGGUCACACUUGUCAAGGGAGACGCUGCCGUGCUUGUGGGCGCUUUGAUUGUCCAGAUUAUGUGCGCGGUACCCGCCCCACAGACUAUUGCCCCUUAUGUCAUUGCAAGUUUUACGGCAGCCAAUGCAAAUAUUAUCAUGUGGUCAGCAAACAAUGUCAAUCCAUCAAAACCUGUCUCAAGUGUCAAGCCCAGUACAACGUUCUCUCUAACAAACGUCACCAGUGCGGGUACACCAAAUGUCACGCCUGUCAAGAAUGGGUGUCCAUCCAGGACCAUAAGUGUUACAUUCAACCCGUGGUAGAGAAUGAGGAGACUGAACCCACAGAGGAGGGGGGAGGUAGCAUGGUGGCGCCACCCCCUCCCCUGUUUGUUUACGCGGAUUUUGAAGCCAUGCAGAAUGCGGAAGGCGUGUUUGUAGCCAAUUUGUUGUGUUAUUCGUCUAGUGAAGAAACCACUAUUCAUGUGUUGGACGGGGAGGACUGUGCCCUACAAUUUUUGCGCGAUUUGGAUGAUCUCACGGACCACCUGGACAACGAGAGUGAACGGGACAUUCUCGUGGUGUUUCACAACUUGAAAGGCUUCGACGGCAUGUUUAUUCUGCACGAACUGUACCAGCAACAACGCGAGGUGGUGGAUCAACUGACGGUGGGCGCUAAAGUGUUGUCCUUCAGGAGCGGACCCCUCAAAUUCAUUGACUCGUUGUGUUUCUUGCCUAUGCCACUCGCCUCGUUUCCCAGCACCUUUAAUUUGACCGAAUUAAAGUAGGGCUUUUUUCCCCAUUUGUUUAAUACCCAGGAUCAUCAACAGUAUGUGGGCCGCAUCCCCGAUUUGGAAUUUUACGAUCCCGAGGGUAUGAUGGCCAAAAAGAAAGACGAACUGACGCGUUGGUAUGCGGAUCAAGUCCGUCGCAAUGUGCGUUUUGAUUUCCAGCAAGAAAUGAUGGACUAUUGCAAAUCGGAUGUGGUUCUGUUGAAAGCGGGGUGUGAAGCUUUUCAGCAAGAAUUUGAACGGCAGGCUGGCUUCAAUCCCAUGGCCAAAUGCAUCACCAUCGCCAGUGCCUGCAAUCUGUAUUGGCGUAAGCACCAUCUGACCCCCGAAACCAUCGCUGUCGAACCACUCGGGGGGUGGCGAGGGGCCCAAGUCAACCAAUCCCUCAAAGCCCUACAAUGGCUGUACUACCGAGAACAUCAAAUUCCCAAAGAGGGGGCCAGUGCUGAUCGCAUUCGACAUGUCCGGAACGGGGGUGAACAGUCGGUCCGGACCCUCGCCAACAGCUAUUUCGUCCAUGGGUACGAUCCUCUGACCCGCACUGUCUAUGAAUUUCAUGGGUGUCUUUACCAUGGCUGUCCCACUUGUUAUCCCACGAGAGGUGUCAAACAUUAUGCAGCGCCGGAUCGAACCGUGGAGGAACUGUAUCAGGCCACGCUCUCCAAACGCAUGGCCCUGCUUCGAGGGGGUUACACAGUGAUAGAAAUGUGGGAGUGUGAAUGGGACAAGUUGGUGGACACGGAUGAAGCUGUCCAACGUUUCCUGACGUCGUUCGAUUUGGUGGCACCCUUGGAACCCCGUGACGCCUUUUUUGGAGGUCGAACCGGCGCGGUGGCUCUGCAUGCCGUGGCUGGGGAGGGGGAGGAAAUACGCUAUGUGGAUGUGACCUCCUUGUACCCGUGGGUGAAUAAGAACUGUCCUUACCCUAUUGGUCAUCCCAAGAUCAUCACCCAACCCGCCGACCAGUCCCUGGAGUCCUAUUUUGGAUUGGCUACUGUGGAUAUUCUGCCUCCGACUGGUCUAUUCCACCCGGUCUUGCCUGUGCGCAGUGGCCAAAAGCUCACCUUUCCUCUCUGCCGUGCCUGUGUCCAGACAGAGCAAGCCCAACCCAUGUUGACCCGAACCCAGUAUUGCCCUCAUUCGGAUGCUGAUCGCAUGCUACGCGGGACCUGGUGUACGCCCGAGUUGGUCAAGGCCGUCGAAAAGGGGUACACCCUGAUUAAGAUCCACGAAGUCUGGCAUUUUCCCCCUGAGCAACGCCAAACGGGUCUUUUCGCCAAUUACGUCAACACCUGGCUAAAAAUCAAACAAGAGUCCGCGGGGUGGCCGGUUGGUGUCAGACCCUCGAGCAGAAACGAGAGUACAUUCUUCGCUACCUGGAACGAGAGGGGAUCCAACUGGAUAUUGCCAGCAUUGCCAAAAAUCCCGGUCGCAAGGCUACCGCCAAACUGAUGUUGAACAGUUUCUGGGGCAAGUUUGGGGAGCGGAUGAACAAACCCACUACCGUCACUGUCAGGGACCCCGCUCAUUUGUUCAAUCUCAUCUCCGAUGCGGCACUCGAUCUCAGUACGCUCCGUCUCUGUACCGACGACAUCUUGGAGGCCGUUUACACCAGUGUCCAAGACAAUGCCGUCAAAGGCACCAAGACCAAUAUCUUUGUGGCGGCGUUCACGACGUGUCAUGUUCGAUUGAAACUCUACGGGUCCCUCGACACCCUCCAGCAGCAAGUCCUCUACUACGAUACAGAUGGUGUGGUGUACAAGUGGCGUCCAGGUCAACCCAGCAUUGCCACCGGGGAUUUUCUGGGGGACAUGACGGAUGAAUUAGACGGAGACGUCAUCACCGAGUUUGUUUCGGGAGGCGCCAAGAAUUAUGGGUACACGACUCGUGCGGGCAAAGUGGUGUGCAAGGUCCGCGGUUUCACGCUGAAUGUUCGGGGGUCAGCCAUUCUUAAUUUUCACACCAUGAAAGACAAUAUUCUUUCGGAAUUAGACUCGCCCCAGGACGCUCGCCGGAAUUUGAACAUUACCACUCCUUAUUAUUUUAAACGGGAUCUAGAGAAGAAACAAAUUCAAGUGGUUCCGCGCGUGAAGCAGUAUGGGUUGGUGUUUGACAAGCGCGUCAUUGAUGUGACCACCCGAUCGAGCUAUCCCUAUGGCUACGAGAGGAUUGGGAAUGAACUCGACCUGUUAUUAGAUUUGUAA